AGUUGGUUCCUAACUUCGACAACAAUCGCUUCGAGUAUAUACGUCACGUUCACAGAAGGAAAUCAAACUUGUGAAUCGCAUUGCUUGAAAAUUUUUCUUCAACGGAUAUCGAGUACCAGCUACUAGUACAGCUAAGACAAAUAAAUAAAACGGGAGAGAAAUGUCGAAGACUUAUUCGGCGGAGGAGGUGGCCAGACACAAUAACGCUGCGGAUUUAUGGAUCGUGUACAAGGGCAACGUGUACGACAUCACGAGAUUUUUAAAGGAGCAUCCAGGUGGCGAGGAAGUGUUGUUGAAUUUGGCUGGGAAAGAUGCGACAGAAUGCUUCGACGACAUUGGACAUUCUCUAGAGGCUAUAAUGCUUCGCGAAACCUAUAAAAUCGGAAUGGUGGUCGGCGAUGUUCCCGGAACAGUAACAGGUGGUGUGCAAGACACGAGAAUAGACGACGACAACUGGGAAUAUGAACCACCGAAGUACGAACAAUCACCGUGGCUUCCGGUGAUGAUCGCAGUUGGUGUCAUCGUUUAUGCAUCCAUAUUUUAUUACUUUUGGUACUCAAUUCGCCCGGAUAGUGAAGACUCCGCCGAAAGGAUGAGCAAGCAGUACACGAGGAGCGAAGUUGCCAGCUCCAACAGCAGGAAUCAAACGAUGUUCAUCAUACACGACAAGGUGUACGAUGUGACAACAUUUUUGAACGAGCAUCCGGGUGGCGAGGAGAUCCUGUUGGAUCACGGCGGUAAAGACGCGUCGGAGGACUUCGACGACGUUGGCCACUCCACGGACGCGCUAGACCUGAUGAAGAAGUAUAAGGUCGGCGAAUUGGUCGAAUCGGAAAGAAAAGGCAGCGAGCCUAAGAAGACAUGGACGUCGGACUACUCGAAGGAUAAGCAGAACAAGGAGAACCAAGGACUGUCGCCUUUCGUGUGGGUGUCCGCCCUCGCCGCCAUGAUGGCCAUCGUCUACUUUGUGUACUUAUAA